CCAGCUCUGCUUGGGCCUGGGUCUGUGUGUGUCAGGCUGGAGGCACAGGUGGCAGACUCAGCUGCUUCUGUGGCUGGGCCCUGGCCGCGGCCUCCUCUCAGUCCUCUCCCCAACUCUUUAACAGAGAAGGGGCCAGAGAGAGAGGCCUCUCCUCUAGGACAUCAUAAACAGCAGGUCAAGAGCCAAAGUCACAGCUUCCACCCCGCUUCGAGUAGGAAGAGCCUUUCCCCCCAGGACCUGACACUUCUCAGCCCGUCUCCGAGGAAUUGUAGAGUGAGGGCUGAAAGGGCCGCCUUUCCCAUAGGACGGUCAUAGGUCCCACUGGCUGCAGGUAGUGUCCCGCUGAUGCCCCUCAUCCCCACCCAUGGGUAGGCUUGGGAAGAUGGAAUCUUCUCAUUGGUCCUAGGGGCUGCCCCAGGAGUAUAGAUACAAACGUUUCACUUCCCCAGGAGGCUACAGCUGCUCUUGGGGGGAUGUGGGGUGAAGAUGGGGUCCAAGUUCUGUCCAGAGUCUGAGUCUGAGUCUGGUGGCUACCCCCUCAUCUCCUGCAAGGUGGAGUCGUCACGCACUGUCUGGGUGCUGAGAUAUAAGCCCCGCGGGGACAGCGCUGAGCAGAGGAGGCCACAGCCCGACCUGCAGCAGCCCAGCCCCUGGGACUCCACUCGCCUUCUCCCUGCUCAUCUCCGCUCCAGGAGCUCUCGCCAUGGUGACGGUGCGCAGGCCGUGGCCCGCCGUGGCCACAGUGCUGCUGGCCCUGCUCGCCUGCCUGGGGGCGCUGGUCCACGCCUACCCCGCCAAACCCGAGGCUCCCGGCGAAGACGCCUCGCCCGAGGAGCUGAGCCGCUACUACGCGUCGCUGCGCCACUACCUCAACCUGGUCACUCGGCAGCGGUAUGGGAAACGCGACAGCCCCGAAGCGGUGCUCUCCAAACUGCUCUUCCCCGACGGCGAGGACCGCCGGGCCAAGUCAUGGCCAGGAGGCGAGUACAUGUGGUGACGACCCCAAGGGCUCCUGGGAGAUAUGCUAACUACACCGACCUCAUUUGCAUGUUUGCUCCUGACCCUGGACCCUGGGUUCCUCUCCCUGCCUGCUGCGCCUGGGGUGUGG